AUGGCAGACAAUCAGGAGCCUGAGCCUCGCAACAGCCGACCAGGCUCACCCCGGACCUCCGACAGGCCUAUCCCCAAGCUUGUCGUACAUCGAUUCAGCUACCCGCAGCUCCUGGCCAUUCCAGUCCUACUGACUGCCGGCUACAUCGCCACCAUCAUCACCCUCUCGCUGGAAGAUGUGAACCCAGGCCUGCUGUACAGCCAAUGCCACGCCCGCGCCAAGGUGCCCUGGCUCAGCCACAUUCCUCUACUUGGCGCCCCGGUCUGCUACCUCGUGUCCUUCUUCCAGUACGCCGUGUCGUCCUUCCGGGCCGCCGCCAUUCUGUCCGAGAUUCUUGCAUUCAUCGGCGCUCUCCUCACCGUGACGACCCUUGAGGCCGCCCGGUUGUGCAACGCCAGCGCCACUCUCAUUGCCAAUCCCACUGGCCCUUGGCUUAUGUUCAACCUGGCCGGUGGACAGCUCGUCUGGGGUCUGGUCAUCGUCCCGGCGUUUGUGAGGCGUGCCAAGGGUCUUGAGGCUGUCGAGAGGAGCGGCGAGGAUCGGUUGGCAGCCGACAGUCGGAACCUCGCCCUCGGCGUCGAGGCAAUCGCCGUCCCCGUCGCCGUCCUGCUGGGCUUCCUUGUUCCGUCCUUGGCCAUGCUGUUCAUCCGCUCGUCGGUCGCCGUUUUCGUCUGGCUCUUCUUCCCUGUCUACGUCGCCAUCGUUCGUCAGUUUGUCCGCUGGGUCUUGAUCCGGGCCAACGCGGACAAGUUUGCGCCCCCGUUCAGGGUAGAGCAAAGCCGCGCGUCCAUCUCUGGCGUCUAUCUGCCCGCCGUCUUGUUUUCCGUCGUUGCGCACGUCUGGCUCGUCGUCAGCUUGUUCAAGGCCGACGACCGCAAGGAGAUGACAAGGUCGUGUCUGGGUUUUAUCCAGAUCGACUCGCUGUUCAUCGCCGUGACGGCGUUGUACUGGAUCAUGGUCGAGGGCGGCUGGAAGUCUGCAGGAGUGGCUGUUUUGGCGUCUGUGCUGCUAGGACCGGGCGCUGGACUGUGUGCUGCAUGGAUUUCUCGCGAGUAUGUGGCACACGGCGCCGUCAUGGACGCAACGGAGGAACGGGCCGGUAAUGGGCAACCUAACGAGGAGACGCCGUUGCUGGGGUAG